CUGGAGCCUGAGGGGGUGGCAGCGGGGAAGCGGCAGCCGAAGGGAUUGAAUGGGGAGAGAUAUGUUAGGUGGAUUGUGAACGGCCCUCUCAAGCGCUGUGUGCAAGAACACAAGAGGGCAAGGUGGAGAGAUGUCCUGGUCCUGGAGGAUGGAGCUCCCUGUCACUCAUGGUCGGGUACCAAGGCUGCACGGGCCAAGCACAAGAUUCCCUCACUCACCCAUCCGCCAUCUUCACCUGAUCUCAACCCUAUUGAAAAUGUGUGGCACCUGCUCAAGAUGAAAGUCAGUCAAGAGGAGAGGAGGGCCACCAAUCUAGACGAGCUCUGGACACAGAUUCAGAGAUGCUGGAAGGCAAUCCCUAUUGAGACAAUCAAUAGAUUGAUCGACGGCAUGGAAACUAGGCGGGCUGCUGUACAACAAGCAAAUGGCGGUUCGACACGGUUCUAAUUCAGCGAACUGGGUGAUGUAUACCAUUCGAGUCUUCCCCUGGAGUUCGACAUGAGUGGCAUCAAUAUUGUACGAGUUAUAGCAAAGUGAUUUUAUG